AUGUGGUCAAGAAAAUCCGCAUAUUCAUUUGUAUCUGAUUCAUAUGAUACAUUAGUUAAAUUAUGGGAUACACGUUCAUUAAAAGCUUCUCUUUAUGAUCUUCAAGGACAUGAAGAUCGAGUUUUGUGUGUUGAUUGGUCAAUAGAACAAUUAAUUCUUUCAGGAGAAGCUGAUAAUUCAUUGAAAAUGUUUUCAUUUAAAUGA